CGAAGCCCAUGCCCAUCAACAAUUCUCUUUUUCUAUUUACUCUUCAAUCCUCUCUCCACAGGAGCCACGCAUCCUGAUUACGAUAUCGAUUUCGAUCUUGAGCACCCGAUCUCACGCCCUCACCAUACGAGAUAUCCAUGCGCUAAACUGCCGCUUCGUCGCGUUCUUGCCAGAAGCGCACUAGGACCGCCAGUUCGUACGGAGUACCUAAUCCAUACCUAUCCCGAUCGACAAGCUCUCAGAGCCUAAGAGCUGCAACAUCCUUCAUGACUGUCUGCUGUUAAUCAUGGCUGCGGCAGUACUAGAUGUUGAGUAUCUGUCAGGGUACCUCGAUAUUUCAGAAGACAAUAUCACUGCGGUUCUCGAUGCCCCAACUGCCGACCUCGUCCGCUCUGUGCUCGACGCGGUCACAACAAAGGCGCGCGAACAUGAUGUUCUCGUGGCAGACAAACUUCGUGUCGACAUAGAGCUAGAAAAUGCUGUCAGAAGCUCAGAGACGCGCAUAGAGGGGUUGCGAGCCAGUGUUGAGAAGGCGCAGAAGACCGUUGAAGAAGUGCGGACAAAACUGAAAGAAGAAGGUUGUUUUUUCACGAUGCCGAUUUUAAUAGGCUUCAAUGCUAACGCUGUACCAUAGAAAAUGCGCGAUCAUCCUUGGAAAGUGAGCUCCAGACGUUGAAGUCCUCUUCCACCACCUCAACAUCCGAAGUCGAAACCUUACGAUCCCGCAUAUCAUCUCUCGAGUCUGCCAAUCGCGACACUGUUGCUGUUCUCGAGUCCAAGACUACCGCCAACGAUAAUUUAGCCCAAGAAUUACAAAAACAACACCAGAAGGGCUUGGAGCUUAGCCAACAAAUCACCACUCUUCAACAAGCCGUACAAAACGCCAACUCUGCAGCAUCUAGCGCCAAGUUCCGUGAACAGUCUCUCAAGCAGGAAGUAGAAUUGGCCAAGAGCAACACCGAGUGGUUUGAGAACGAAUUGAAGACCAAGAGUGCCGAAGCUCAAAAAUUCCGAAAAGAGAAGGGUGCUAGAAUCGCCGAACUUCAACGUCUGAACGAGGAUGCCAAUGCAAAUGUUGAGGCCCUCAAGAAGACGGAACAGGCCCUUCGGAACAGACUCGAUGAGGUACAGAAGAAGGCUGAGGACUCUCUGAUCAAGGUUCAACAAUUACAGGAAGCCGCCGCCAAGACAGAAGAGAGCUUUCGUCAAGAGUUGGAAAGCGCAAAUCGACUUGCUGAGCUACAUUCCCAGCAAACGGAAACAGCCCGUAGUCGACUAAAGGAGGUGGAAGCUGGCCUUGAGAAAGCCAAGGAUGACGCAGCCGAGGAGGUCGGUAGAUGUCGACAAGAAGCUGAGGCUGAGCGACAAGAGCGAGAGGCAGCCGAAAAUCGAAUUGCGGAAUUAGAGGGCGAGGUUGCCCAAGCACGAAUCCGAUUAGAAUCUACCCAAUCCCGUCCUGGAACUCCAGCAACACCACGCCAAGGACUCAAUGGUUCUGUUUUCAGAGGUGGAUCACCUGCCCAUUUUGGUACGCCAGGUUCGGUCAGAAGUAAGACGACCAUUACUGCGACUCAAGCUAUCGAUGAGUUGUAUAAAGUGAAGGGUCAGUUGGCGGCUGAGAAGUCGAAAAACCAACGUCUGAAUAGCGAGAUGGAUGAUAUCAUCCGACAACUAGAAGCUAAGGGGCCAGAAAUGGAGGAAAUGACUAAUGAGCACGAACGUCUGCAACAGGAGGUGGUGCAGAUGUCAAAGUUUGUAGACCAGACAGGGACGGAGAGAGACCGUGCCAAGAAGGACCUUCGAAAAGCUGAAAGCGAAGCUUCUACGGCUCAAGCAGAGUCCAAAAUUCUUCAACAACAGCUGCGUGACCUCAGUGCCCAAAUCAAGCUGCUUCUCUGCGAGCUGGACGCAAGAGAAAGAGGCUUAGAGGCACUAAGCGUGUCUGAGCGAUCACAUUUGGAACGGAUGGCUCGUGGGGAAGUCAGCGAAGAGUCUCUUGAAGGUCUUACUGAUACUGAUCGAUUUAUUACCCAACGUUUGACAGUAUUUAGAAAUGUUUCAGAGCUUCAGGAGAAGAAUCAGGAGCUUCUGAAAAUCACCCGGCAGCUUGGACAACAGAUGGAGAGCGAGGAGGCUUUGGCAGCAAAAAAUCAAGCAGCGAAGGAUCACGAAGAGGUUCAAAUUCUCCAGGCCAAGAUUGAGAACUACAAGGACGAACUUCAAUCAACACUCACUCGGUCAGAAAGCUACAUCAAGGAGAGAGAUAUGUUCCGCCGCAUGCUGCAACACCGCGGACAAAUGCCACCAGGCUCUGAUCUUACUUCUAUGUUUGGUCAAUCUAUUGAUGGAAAUCAGAAUGGAGUCAUGUCUACGAUUGAACAGCCCCCGGGAAGCAGCAACAACUAUCCUACAAUGCUGAGAGAAUUACAGGCGCAUUUCGACCAAUACAGAGAAGAGCAAUCCAUUGAUCGCAAGACAUUGAAGGAUCAGACGGAGAAGCUUUCCUUAGAAAAGGGCGCACUUCAGGCUGAGAUUGCAAAGACUAGUAGCCAGCUCACGUUCGCCAAUGAGAGAUACGAGAUGCUGCACGCCAACUACACAAUGUUGCAGAAUGAAAACUCAGAAUUGCAAAAGCGCUCUCAGACCCUAUCAGAAGCAGCUGCCAAGCAAGAUAUUCGAACGCAGCAGGUCGCAGAGGAUCUCAUCGAAGCCAAGGGCCUCGUUGAGAGUAUGCGUAACGAAAACGCAAACCUAAAGGCCGAGAAGAAAUUGUGGAAGGAUAUCCAGGACCGACUAAGCCAAGACAACGAAGGAUUGAUGAAUGAACGUACACGCUUGAAUAAUCUGAUUGCAAACCAACAGACACUUCAAAACGAAAGAGAGCUUUCGGAGUCUGAAACGCGACGAAGACUUCAGAGCCAAGUGGAAGGAUUGGAAGCAGAAUUGUCCACGACAAAGCGCAAGCUAAGCGAUGAAGUCGAAGAUAACAAGAAGGCACAACUCCGGAAGGAAUAUGACUCUCAACAGUACCAAAAGCGUAUUGAUGACCUAGCUAGCAGUUUAGGCCAGGUGCGCGAGGAAUUAGUAGCUGCCAAAACAACCCGCGAUCACCUUCAAGCUCGUGUUGACGAAUUAACGAUUGAGCUCAAGAGCGCAGAGGAGCGAGUGGAGUUACUCCAACCACGGCCAACCACAAAAUCCAAUGUGGCUACAGAGGCUACAGCUAACGACAAUGGAGAGCCCUCGCAAGAGGAGGCAGACAGAGAACAAGAGCUCGCUUUGGAAAACUCAGAGCUUAAGAGAGAUCUCGACCUUGCUAAAACAGAACUGGAGAGCACCAAGAGUCAAAUGGAGCAAUACAAAUCCAUCAGUCAAUCAUCCGAAGAGGAGCUCCAGAGCCUCAAUGCCACGCAAGAUCAGUACCAUGAGGAAAUGGAUCGUAUCAUCGAGGAGAAGGAUUCCAAGAUUCGGGAGCUACAGCAACGUAUCGACGACAUAUCCACUGAGCUUGCCACUACCAACAACGAAUUGACCCUUUUGCGAAACCAACAAUCCGAGGUCGCUAGACAGGCCGAGGAAGGGAGAGCAAUUCUGGAGCAAGAAAUAACUCGACUAAAGGACGAAGACGAACGACAUGCCACGGCUGCCCAGUUCCAUCAACAAGACCUUCGUGCACAAGCAGCCAUCGCAACCAAAGCUCAGCAAGACUAUGAAAAUGAGUUGGUCAAACAUGCGGAAGCAGCAAAGCUUCUUCAAAACUUGCGUGCUGAGCACAACCAAUUGAAGACGGAGUCGGCUGGUCUCAAGGCCGAUGCUGAAUCUGCACGAGUUGCAUUGAGUCAGAGUGAAAGUUCUUGGGAAGAACGGCGGCAGCAACUGGAACAGGAGUUGGCUGAAUUGCGAUCUCGUCGCGACGAUGUCAAUGCACAGAACAAGCUUCUCCACCAGCAACUGGAAGGUGUUGGGGCGCAGAUAACUGCACUUCAGCAAAGUCGGUCCGCAUUGAAUGAUACUGGAGAUAGUGGUUCUCCCGCUACUGACUCAACCUACGAUCGAACUGCCGAUGGGCUACACGAGCUGAAUGCUUUCUUGAGACGUGAAAAGGAAAUUGUCGAGGUACAAUAUGAGCUCAAGGUCCAGGAAGCCAAGCGACUCCAACAGCAACUGGACUACACACAAUCGCAACUUGAUGAGAGCAGACUGAAGCUUGACCAGGAACGUCGCCUUCAUGCAGAUGGAAGCCGGAGCUCAAUGGCACACAAGGACCUUAUGGAAAAGUUGAACGAACUGAAUCUUUUCCGUGAAAGUAGCAUCACUCUGCGGAACGAAGCUCGCCAGGCUCAAGCCCAGCUAGCCGAGAAGACCCAGCGUGUUGAGGAACUCAUGUCGCAGAUCCAGCCCCUCGAGAACAAGAUUCGCGAGCUCGAGCAUGGCAAAGAGACAACAGAAGGCGAGAUGCGUUUGUUACAGGAAGAUCGCGACCGUUGGCAAAAGCGAACACAGGACAUCAUAUCAAAAUACGACCGAAUUGACCCUGCCGAGAUGGAGCAACUCAAAGCAACCAUUGAAACGCUACGAGGAGAGCGAGAUGCUCUACUGGAAGAAAAGCAACCCUUCCAGGACAAAAUUCAGGUCCUAGAAGGCGAGAAGGCGACAUGGGCUACCAGUCGACAAAAACUUAUUGACCAGGCCAAGGAGCGAUCACGAGUCCAAACCAAGGAUAUCAAAGACCGUACUGCCGAGAGAGAUCUCGCAAUACACGACAAGGAGAGUCUCCAGCAGCAACUAUCCGGACUCCAGCAGCAACUUGAGAGUGCAAUUAGGGAAAAAGAUGCCGCAGUGCAACAAGUUAACGCUCUCAGCCAAGAGCUUGAAAGUGUCAAGGCCGAACGUGACCGUGCUGUGGCCAUUGCUUCCCAACCUACCAAAGCUGUAGCUCCUACGGUACAGGCAACUACAUCGCAAAAUAAUGAGGGUCUUGAACAAAAGCUCAUCGAGCUCCGCAAUGAGUUGGAAGAAGUCGGAAAGGCUAAGGCUGCCUUGGAAACAGAACUCAAAGCACUUCGAGAGCAACUUCAGAAGGCGAAUUCUGACCGAGACGCUGCCAACUCUGGCCGGGAUAAGGCUAUGACUGAGGCUGCCGAGGCGCGUGCUCAGCAAAUGUCGAAAAUUGCUAUCACUACCACCAACAAUGGAAACGAGGAGGGCCAGAUUGAUGAGAUCUCGACAGCGGGGGUUUCUGAUGGCGAGAAGAGGGCUCUGGAGGAGCGCAUUGCUGAAGCAGAGAAGAAAGCUAAGGAGCAGGAGGAGCGCGCUGCUAAAGUCGAAGAGGACAUGGAGGGUACAUUAAAGGCCAGAUCAGAGAAGAUGAAGGCCGCCCUGAACAAGAAACUCAGCGAAUCCCGUGAAGCGCAAAAGAAGGAAUUGGAAGCUCAAUAUACAUUGAAACUCGAGCAGGAGAAGCAAAUCUGGCUUGCGGAAAACAGAUCUGCGGCUGUCACCUCAAACGCACCACCGCCCUCAGUCGAAGUUGGACUUGAACCGCUACAAAUUGCCCCAACUCCUGCAAAGCCUGCAGCUAACAAUGUACCUGCGACGCCAUCGACUCCGAGCCAAGGCGCAUCAUCGGCGAUGAUGGCUGUCGCGGGGAUGAGCGAUUCCCAGUUUCGUGAGUUUCUGGCUUCAAACCCUACCGCGAGAAGCAUUCUUGCCAAUAACGUAAAGAAGAAGAUUGAUGAGCAGAUGGUCAAGGUCAAGGAAGAGACUAUCAAGCAGGUCUUGGAAGCAGAAAAGAAGGUCGAGCUAGCUGUAUUCAUGACAGAGAAGAAAUCAUCUCUCAAACUGAACAUGGCUGAGAAUAGAGCAAAAUCCGCGGCUGGGAAGCUGAGCGUUGUCGAGACGGCUGCACGCGAAACACCCGAAAAGCCUGUUGGUGAGGUGUGGGAGGUGGCCAAAGUUUGGAAAGCUCCUCCACCAACCCAAGGUAUGUCGACCAGAAAAAGUUGAUUCCCGAUUUCACUAACGUAUGGAUAGAACCGAAUGCGCCAUCAGAUGGCAAUGGUACCCCCAUAGCAAAUGUAAUACCCAAGCCAGCGGAUGUCAAAACAGAAACGCCUGUCUUUCUACCCCAAGAUCAAGCUCCAUCCCCAAAUACCACAUUCGGUUCCAAUGGUGCUCCAACAGUUCCGGCAAGUCAAAUACCACAAGUAAGUCUGCGUCCUAAAUUUUGACGAUUGCUUGCUAAUGAAUUACAGAUCCCUCAGCCUACCAACAAUGCGACUAGAGGCUCUGGCAUUCCAACUAUGCGAGGAGGGCCAGCUGGUAGAGGAGGAGCACGUGGUGGUCCACAAAUGUACCAAGCUCGAGGCGGAGGACCUGGUAGAGGUAGAGGAAAUGUGCCUGGGCCUGGGCCUGGACCAAGGGGAGGAUUGAAUGCAUCGGCACAAUCUUACAGUCCACAAGGGCGAGGUGGUCAAAAGCGGCCCCUGGAUGAUGGAUUGAUGAUUGGUGGACCACAAGGGAAGAGACCGCGAGGAGGCGGUCUGAAUAUGCAAAAUAAUUAG